UGAGUUGGCUGUUGCUAAUGGCCAGUCAGUUUUCUCUCGAGUGCUGUCUGCCUAGGCUGUCGCCUGCCUACCUCUCACAGCUGCCUGGACAUUCUGGCAUCGCUAUUCAGAGAGAAAGGAGAACACUAUCUAACGCCAGGUAUCAUCAUACUACUACGAUUUCACUGGAAAGCUGUACAAAGGCAUGCAUUUGGAAUACAUGGACUACAAUACCGAUACGUUUUGGUAACCACUUGAACUAUCACUAACUAGUCUGCAAUGGAGGACGAGCAGUACUGGGUACUCAGAGCCAAAGAAUGUGGCAUCUGCAAUCAAGAAUUUGAUGAGGCCAGUCGGUGUCCCCGACUCCUACCAUGCUCUCACUGCAUCUGUACCUACUGUGUCAAGCGUCUGCUCGAGGACAAUUCCAAAUUCUGUCCUUUCUGCCGCCAGGAAUUCAGACAAAGUUCCGAACAAGAUUUCAGAGUUAACACCUGCGUCCUUGACCUUCUCAGAUAUGCCUCCAACUUAGAGGCAGGUGCCGUCUUUCCCAACAGAGAGCUAUCAUCCUCAGAAUGGCUAAAUGCCUUUCAGAACAGCAAAGAUGCCGCUAUCAAAGAUAAUCUCGCUCUGUGCCAGAAGGCAAAUGACUUGAUCAUUAAUGGGGUGCAGCUCAACGAAGACUUCAUCAGAGAACUGAAAAAUGCAGCCACCGUAGAGAGGGAAAGGAAGGCGGUGCACUGGAGGGCGGCCAUCUUGUUCUUUGAGGAGAAAAACAUUCAUCUAGAGAGCGAAAAGGAUAUGAUUGAACACAAGCAACAGCAAAUGGAACAGACAACUGAGAAGCUUAGUUUGGCCACCACUUUGGGGGAUGCCGGUGAGGCUCUCGACAAGAUUGCAAAAACGAACAGGGAAAUUUCUUCUGGCCUAAGGGUCCUGAGUGACCUCAUAGCAAAGGACGAAGAGGUCCGCCAGAGACUCAGACAGAUCCUCGAGAACGGUAAUGUAGACCUCGAUGCCAUCCAGGAAGUUUUGACCUCAGAAGGAAGCGGAGACUUGGUGACCCAGUUUACGAAUCUGGAUCUAUCGGUGAUGGGUGAGAAUCCACGCCAAAUAGAGACUCAAGAUCUCCUCCAGAUGUCUCCAACGAUCAAGAGACUGGUCCGGAGAAACAAGGUAUUUGCUCUCCAGCAACUGGGUGGCCAAAACAGAUUCGCUAAAAUAUCGUAUACUGAAGAAGGGAAAUUGUGUCAGCAUACCUUGACCGAUGAGAUACCGCCUCCAGGGAGUUACGUAACGAAGUUCAGUGGUUUGAGCUCCAUGGAUCCCACUUCCACCCUGGCGUUUAUCGAAGUGACGAGUCAGAAGUCCUUCAUGCGCUACGACGGCUGGGGCACCCCGAUGGGCCAAGUCGACCUCGACCCGACGACAGCCCGCCUCUACGUGCGCCUCUUCAGGAACGACCUCCGGAGCCAGCAGUUCCUGUACCUGUGCACGGGGGAGCUGGCGCCCUCUUCGUACCUGGGAGUUAAGGUGUCGGUGCCGUUCAAGUUUGGCGCCCCCAUCCGCCAGGUCCGCUUCGGCGACUACGGUGACCGAGGAAAGGCGAUCGUGCCUGGGGUAUCCCAGGAGGGUAGAGACGAGAAGGACUCGUUCUGCGAGGCGGGCACUUUGGUGGGCAGGCGCGACGAGGGAGACGAUCUGGGUGCCCAGUUCUACAUCCGGCUGAGCCACAUCGAGGACUUCCCCUGCGACCAGUCCUUCGGGCGCGUCCAGGAGGGCAUGGACGCCCUCAGGAGGGUUCUUCGUUUCAUGAACGAGAUUGGUUACCAGAUGAGGGACUUCGUUUCCGAUUGUGGGGUAGUUCUGUCCAGUUAAAGGGCUCCAGUGGGUCCUCAAUCCAUAAUUUUGAAUAAUUCUCACUCUUCAAGUCAUACAGUUAUCAUAAGUCAGUGAAAGUUCCAGUAGUUAGAGACUGGAAUGGAACUACCAGUCAGUGACUGGAAAGGAAUCACUAUGGUAGAUUCACAUCAACCGUGCAUUUAAUGUCUAGGCCAGUUCCUUACGACGC